ACCAGUUUCAUAACAAAACGUCACAUCCUCUGACCGCUGCUAUAGGCGAUCUGCAUUUCGGACUUCGCAUCAAUGUUGCGUUUGAUCGCAACGUCCCUGUGCCUCCGGUGCCAACGUGCCACAGCUCUACCUUUACACCUGAGACCAUGUGCAACACUGAGCUCAGCAGAGAACCAGCAGACCGUGGAAGCUCUCUCUGAUCUCUCUGUGGACAUCCAGAAGGUCCGGCAACUAAAGAGCUGGGUUCUGCAUCAGAGCCCCGCUUAUACUAAGGAGGUAGCUGACCUGCUGAAGGACAUGGGAGCCUCGGGGUCCAUCAUUGCCCGGAUCCUUGCAGGCCACCCUGAGGCUGUCCUCUGUCACCCAGAGCAGAUGCAGGCUCAGAGGGAGCUGUGGAUGUCUGUGUGCCCAAAACACAAGGAGCUGGUCGGUAUAAUUGAGAAAUUCCCAGCCUCCUUCUUCACCUCGUCGAGCCACCACGACAACCAGCGGAACAACAUCGCCUACUUUCAGAGCUUGAACCUCAACAAGCGGAUCAUCACCAAGCUGAUGGCCAGCGCGCCGCAGAGCUUCAGUCGGCCGGUAGAGCAGAACGAGCUGAUGGUGCGCACCCUGCAGCAGGCCUACCAGGACCUUGGGGGUAAUGAGGCCAACAUGAAGAUCUGGCUUCAGAAGCUGCUGAGUCAGAACCCGUUUGUUCUCCUUAAGCCCCCCGAGGUGCUGAGGCAAAACCUGCUGUUUCUGAGAGACAAGGGCUUCAGCACGGCCGAGCUCCUCCACCUCCUGUCCAAACUCAGGGGCUUUGUCACCGGGUUGAACCCGGACAGCAUGCGCCGCACUCUGGCGUACUCCCAGGACACCAUGGGCUGCUCCGAGGCAGAGCUGCGGGACAUUAUCCUCGACUGCCCGGCCGUGCUUUACUACCCUGACAUUAUUGUGGCUGAGCGCUUCAAGGGCCUCCUCAGCGCCGGGAUCAGCAUGUCUCAAAUCAAAGAGACUCCGACCGUUCUGGAGCUGACCACGCAGAUAGUGAACUAUCGCAUCCAGCGACUGAGGGUGCACGGCUACGACAUAAGGACAGGUAGCCUGGAGGUCCUAAACGGCACUAAGAAGGACUUUGAGACGAGCUAUGGAAAAUUACUGUUACAAAGAGAGAGGCCGAUUUUCAACCCUGUCGCCCCUUUAAAAGCAGAUGACUGACAGAGGUUGUAUGGACUCAUGCAAGUGAAUUAAGGCUGUGUAAAAGUGUAUUGGUGAUUAUUUAUACCUAUAUUUUGUCAGUAUCAGAUUACAGUGCCUUAGGUCUUAAGGUGCACUUAUUUCAAGCAUUAAAUCUACAAACAGUACACACUGAAAGCAGCACACUUUUACUGCAGGUGUAAAUUGAUAUUGUAAGAGAUGAGAAUGGUUAUGUAACACCUUCCCAGAGGGAUGAAAGGGAGAAAAAAAGCAAAGGCAUCUACAUAUGUCACGCUUUUUGGGGAAGAUGUCAUCCCUCACCAAAUAAAGAAUUUAUUACAGCUUAUUUACAAGUUACCUCAUUACAAUGACUUCACAUGAAACGCUGCAUGACAUAACUGGGUAAAGGCAGACGUGCCGACUGGUCUAUCAAAUGUAUUACUGAGUAUAACUGAGGACAAACGAGGCUUUUCAAAGCAUUUUAUUUCCAGCCUGUGUAAAGUGCCUCCGUUUCACACAAUGUUCUUGGCAGCACUAUUGUUCUCCUCAGGGAGGAAAUCUAACUGUGUCUCAGAGUUUUAGUGUUACUUUACGGAUGGAGGCUCUUUAUUGAAGACGAUUCACUGCUGAAAUGUCAUAUCAUUUCUAAUGAAUUCACAUGCACACACACCAUAGGAUAAAAAUAACUCCCUCUGCAAUAUUUAUUCAAAAAGCAGUCGAGUUUCAGUUCAUUUAAUCAAGAUAGAUUUUCCACUAUGUUUGGCUUUAUUAAGGUUUUCCUGUCUUAUGUGUGUCAUAUGAAGGUAAAAAGACCGCU